AUGCCUACCGAACAAGAAAACGUUCAGUACCUGUACUUGGUACUGACCAACGGCAGCCACAUCCCGCAGAUCGACUGGGAUGCAGUUGCUGAAGCUCUGGACCUCAAGAAGGGCGCAGUCUCGAAGCGUUGGUCCCGCCUCAAGAAUUCCAUGGAUGCUGGAGAAGCUCCCGGCCCAUCUGUCUAUAAGUUCCUAUGGCUGUGCAUCAAGCACUCUACUCGCGACAAGGUCUUGAACUGGAGUGAGAUCGCUCAGCAGUGCGGUACCACGGUUGGCGCGGCUUCCAAGCGCUACUCGCGCAUGAAGCAAGCCUUCGACGCCGGCGAUGCUCCUCCAGGUAGUGCUCAAGGCACACCCGCUCCGAAGACCUCGGCCAGGGCUACACCUAAGAAGUGCAAGGUUCCGAAUACUACUAGUGACCUCACUCCGACUCCGAAGCGUAAGCGUGCUACCCCAAAGAAGAAGGCUGUCGAGGAAGACGACGAAGAGCAUACCGACAUCGAGUCUCAGCUCGAGCAUGACGAGGACGAGGAGAUGCAGACCCCAAAGAGGGCCAAGGUCACGAGCAAGAUGCGCACCAAGAAGGAGGCUAGCAUGUCCGUCUCCAAUUCUGAGGCCAAGACUUUCAUCAAGGGCGACGUUGAAGAUGCUUUCAAGGACGACGUGGAGGACGAAUCCAAAGACGCGGAAAGCUUCGUCGACGCCCAGGAGUGGGUCAACGACCUCGUGGCUGGCAGCACCAUCGGUGAUGACGAGGACCAUGACAGCCGUGAGCUCUCUCCUCGCUUCAUUUGA